CCGCCCCGCCCUCUGCCAACCGCCCCGCCCCGCAGCCUCACUUCCGGGCUGGCGCCCCGCCUCGCCCCGGGCCGGAGCCACCAUGGAGCGGCAGGUGCUGCUGAGCGAGCCCGAGGAGGCGGCGGCGCUGUACCGGGGCCUCAGCCGCCAGCCCGCGCUGAGCGCCGCCUGCCUGGGCCCCGAGGUCACCACGCAGUACGGGGGCCGCUACCGCACGGUGCACACCGAAUGGACCCAGAGGGACCUGGAACGCAUGGAGAACAUCCGAUUCUGCCGCCAGUACCUGGUGUUCCACGACGGGGGCUCGGUGGUUUUUGCAGGGCCUGCGGGCAACAGUGUGGAGACCCGGGGGGAGCUGCUGAGCAGAGACUCUCCUUCAGGUGCCAUGAAAGCCGUGCUCCGCAAGGCGGGAGGCACAAGCCCUGGGGAGGAGAAACAGUUCCUAGAGGUGUGGGAGAAGAACCGGAAGCUCAAGAGCUUGAACCUGUCCGCACUGGAGAAACACGGGCCCGUGUACGAGGAUGACUGCUUUGGCUGCCUGUCCUGGUCACACUCGGAGACACAUUUGUUGUAUGUGGCAGAGAAGAAACGCCCCAAGACUGAGUCCUUCUUUCAGACCAAAGCCUUGGAUAUCAGUGGCAGUGAUGAUGAGAUGGCCAGACCGAAGAAGCCAGACCAAGCUGUCAAGGGGGAUCAGUUCGUAUUCUAUGAAGAUUGGGGAGAAACGAUGGUUUCCAAGAGCACUCCUGUGCUCUGUGUGCUGGAUGUCGAGAGUGGCAACAUCUCUGUGCUUGAGGGUGUUCCAGAGAAGGUGUCCCCUGGACAGGCAUUCUGGGCGCCCGGAGACACGGGGGUGGUUUUCGUUGGCUGGUGGCACGAGCCCUUCCGGCUGGGCAUUCGUUUCUGUUCCAAUCGGAGGUCAGCUCUGUACUACGUGGACCUCACCAGGGGGCAGUGUGAGCUCCUCUCCGACGACUCUCUGGCUGUCUCUUCUCCCCGACUGAGUCCAGACCAGUGUCGCAUCGUCUACCUGCGGUACCCAUCUCUGGUCCCCCACCACCAGUGCAGUCAGCUGUGCAUGUAUGACUGGUACACCAAGGUCACCUCGGUGGUGGUGGACAUCGUGCCGAGGCAGCUGGGAGAGAACUUCUCUGGUAUCUACUGCAGCCUUCUGCCUCUGGGAUGUUGGGCAGCUGACAGCCAGAGGGUAGUCUUUGACUCGGCUCAGCGUAGCCAACAGGACCUGUUUGCUGUGGACACCCAGAUGGGCAGUGUGAUCUCCCUGACGGCCGGGGGCUCAGGUGGAAGCUGGAAGCUGCUCACGGUUGACCGGGACCUCAUGGUGGCGCAGUUUUCCACACCCAGCCUCCCCCCGAGCCUAAAAGUUGGAUUCCUGCCGCCUGCGGGAAAGGAGCAGCAGGUGUUGUGGGUGUCCCUGGAGGAAGCCGAGCCCAUUCCUGACAUCUCCUGGUCCAUCCGGGUACUGCAGCCACCCCCAGAGCAAGAGAAUGCGCAGUAUGCUGGCCUCGACUUUGAAGCAAUCCUUCUGCAGCCCAGCAACCCUCCAGAUAAGAGCCAGGUGCCCAUGGUGGUCAUGCCACAUGGGGGCCCCCACUCAUCUUUUGUCACCGCCUGGAUGCUGUUCCCAGCCAUGCUUUGCAAGAUGGGGUUUGCAGUGCUGCUAGUGAACUAUCGUGGCUCCACGGGCUUUGGCCAGGACAGCAUCCUCUCCCUCCCGGGCAACGUGGGCCGCCAGGACGUGAAGGAUGUCCAGUUCGCAGUGCAGCAGGUGCUCCAGGAGGAACACUUUGACACAAGCCGGGUGGCCCUGAUGGGGGGCUCCCACGGUGGCUUCCUCUCCUGUCACCUGAUUGGUCAGUAUCCUGAGACCUACAGUGCUUGUGUGACACGCAACCCCGUCAUCAACAUCGCAUCCAUGAUGGGCUCCACCGAUAUUCCUGACUGGUGCGUUGUGGAGGCCGGCUUCCCCUACAGCAGCGACUGCCUGCCAGACCUCAGCGUGUGGGCUGAGAUGCUGGAAAAGUCACCCAUUAAGUACACCCCUCAGGUGAAGACACCACUGCUGCUGAUGCUGGGCCAGGAGGACCGGCGAGUGCCUUUCAAGCAGGGCCUGGAGUAUUAUCGUGCCCUCAAGGCCCGCAAAGUGCCCGUUCGGCUCCUGCUCUACCCCAAAAGCACCCACGCGAUGUCAGAGGUGGAGGUGGAGUCGGACAGCUUCAUGAAUGCCGUGCUCUGGCUGCGGACACACCUGGGCAGCUGAAGCCCUGCCUCUCUCCAUGAGCUGCUUGGCCUGCGCCACACGUUGCUUCUGGAGAGCCUCGGGGCCUGGCAGGGCAGCACGAGGCCUCCCGGGCUCUCGGUUGUGUGUCUGGGGACUCGAGGGUUGUGAACAGAGCGUCAUAAUAAACAAGGACAGUCUGGUU